AACAGCUCCGGGGAUGUUUUUAGUGACGUACCAUUGACUUUUCCGGUCCACAUGUAAACGCUGCAGCGUGACUUAAGUGUAGCGAUAGUUAACCUGCGGUUAGCUCAGUCUACCGACAUUUGUUAUUAACACACAUCUGAACCGUUGCCAUUAAUCUAGACUUCACCUGUAAACAUGAAGCUGCUCACGCACAACAUGUUGACGUCUCACGUAAAGGGAGUCACUAAAGGAUACCCGCUACUCAUCAAGGCAACUGAGGUGAAGGUGAACGAAGUGGAGUUCAACCCUCAGUUUGUGAGCAGGAUGAUUCCCAAACUGGAGUGGAGCGCUCUGGUCCAGGCUGCAGAUCAGGUGGGUCAAUGUCAAGACCUCCCGGCUGAGCUCGUGCCAGAUUAUGAGAAGAAUGAAGAGUUCCUGAAAAUAGUGCACAGAAUCCUAUUGGAGGUGGAGGUGAUAGAGGGCUGUCUGCAGUGCCCCGAGUCAGGACGAGAGUUCCCCAUCUCCAGAGGAAUCCCCAACAUGCUGCUGAACGAAGACGAGGCGUAAACGUCAGCACCUCGGCGCUUCUCCGACACACGGCGGGUGAACAGAGAGAGAGGAGAGGCUGGACUCUGGUUUGACUGGGUGCCCUGAGGAAAUUGGCUUCACUGUUUGGCUUCUUGUAGUUUUAAGAGGCUGAUUCUGCCAAUAGUGGAAAAAGAUUAGAAUUAAAAAGCACGGAAACGUUCCCCGAGAAUAACCCCCAGUGGUUUUAUCUGUAUUUAUUUUUGUAACUGUUUGGGUUCGUUCUUUUUGUUUUUCAAUAAAAGUGUCCAGAUUUCCAUGA